AUGAGGCGUCGAGCAGGCAAGAGGUGCGCCGGACCAGCUGACGGCUACGCGAUGGCUGGUUGGUGGCCGGCAGUCGGACUCGCCCUUUCUGCGAUCCACGCCUGCUCGGCGCUGCUCGAUGGCGGCGCCGUGCUGAUGGCCUCAGACUACUUCAGCCAGAGGAACACGCGCGUAUGCGCCAUUUACGCCUGCAGUACUUACGGUACCUGCGAGAGCCAAGAACUGGUGCCUUUUGUGCUCACAGACGGCUACCGGCUCUGGAAACACUUCUCGGCGCUCCACGACACGUGGCUGCUGGCAGCGCCCGCCGUCCAUCGCAUCCCGGUCGGCAGCAGCGCCGCCGUCUUCCUCGACCAUGACUGUGCACUCAACCGGUGGAUUUUCUCGCUUAGUGUCGAGCUGGGCCUCCUGAACACGUCGACUCACUGGCUGGUGAGGAGCGGAGGUCCCCCGCCUCCAGGCCUGGUCGUGCGCUUGGACAGUGACGUCACGUGGGCCUCCCCACGCUCUUCUGGCGAUCUGCUGCUGCAGCAGCUGACCAGAGACCAUCUGGCGGGCGCCACUGUGCAGCGCCCGCUGGGGUCCUGGUCACCAGUUGCUGGCCUCCUGUGCCACGACCACUGUCGCAGCCACGGCUUCCGGAGGAACUUCUGGGGCCCCACCCUGAGAGUCGGCACAGUGGUAACUGACCUGCCUCUCGAUAAUCUCGGACAGCGCCUCAGUGACGUCGAAGAGAAAUAUGUAGACGCAAUGGCACGUUUUGGUUGGGGAUUGACAAACAUUCUGUCACAAAAAUUAAAUUUCACAACAGUCCUGUACGCGACGGCGUCUUUCGGAUACAAGCGGCAGAGUGAAAACAACACGGUCGACGGACUGGUGGGUAUGCUGGAGAGAGGGCUGGUCGACGUCGGAUCAGCUGGGCUGCUCAUGGUGGAAGACCGCCUCAGCCGCAUCGACUAUGCCGGGCCCUCCCGCCUCUGGGUGUCAAAGAUCAUGUUCCGGCACCCGGCGGUGGUGACGGUGCAGGGCACGCUGUUCCGGCCGCUGGCGCCACGCCUCUGGCUGUGCGUGGUUCUGGUGUUCGCCGCACUGGCGCUGGUGGCGCGCGCCGUCUGCUGGGCGCACGGCCGGCCCGCACUCCACGCCUGGGGGGACACCUUCCUGCUCGUCGCCUCUGCUGUGGGGCAGCAAGGCAGCUCGCAGAGUGCAGACUGGCCCAGCUGGCGUAUCCUGCUGGUGGUCAGCCUGGUGUGCGCUAUGCUCCUGGACACGCACUAUUCCGCCGCUAUUGUCAGUUCUCUUCUUCUACCGCCACCUAGGACCAUCAACACCAAGGAGGACCUGCUUCAAAGCCCACUCGAGUUUGGCAUAGAGAACAUCAGCUACGUCCACAACCUUAUAGAGAUGAGUGAAGACCCUGUGGUACGGAGUUUGUACCUGAAGAAAGUUGCGCCACCAGGCGCCGUUCGGUCAAACUACUUCUCCCUGGAAGAAGGCAUGACUAAAGUGGCCACCGAGAUGUUCGCGUUCCACUCUCAGGAGUUCCAGAUGUACCCUCUGGUGGAGAAGCUGUUCACCGAACACGACAAAUGCGCUCUCGUCACCAUUCCGCUUCUCGCACCGCGGAUGACCUACGUCGCGGUGCGCAAGAACUCGCCUCUCAGGGAGACGUUCACGGUCGGGAUGCGCACGAUGUGGGAGCAGGGCCACUUGAGCCACCUGCGCAUGCGCUGGAAUUCCAAGAAACCGUCCUGCAUAGACGACCGGGACUUUGUCAGCGUCGACCUGGCCACCAUUUCUCCCGCCUUCAUCCUGCUGGUGUCUGCUGUGCUGCUCUCCCUGCUGCUCCUGCUGCAAGAAAGCGCUAGGACUAGGCAGACACAUGAGAACAGACCAGCAAACCUUUCACAUUCAAGACCCAUGCAAGCUGGAGCACACCAGGACGCCUACAGAUCAGUUCAAUAA